GUCUGCCGAGCCGAGGGGGGCGCUACUGCUGCCUAGCGGAAACACUGGUGAUAUCUAUGUAUGCAUCCACGCACCCAGACAGCCGUGUUUAUUAUCAUACACCAUGACCGACACCAAAACUUCCUAAACACUCAUGAGCCACAUCGACUAUUGUGUCUGACUCCGGGACGCUCACAAACGGGUUUGGAUCAUGUUGUCACUGGUCGGUGCGCGGUCCAUUCAGUGGUUCAGGACCGUCCUUCCAGUGAGGUACUCUGUCGUUACGGGGGGACAAACUUAUGAUACGCAACCCACAGAGGAAGCACUAGGUAGACAUGUAAACUCCGGGCCACCCAAAGUGGGCUCAUCGUUUGUAUGUAGGACACACGUGGGGUCAUUCCGGGGUUAUUGCACUGCACACACCAAACUCAGUUGUUGGAAGUGUCAGCAGACCCUUGAAGACCAGCCAACCUUCUUCUGUCCUCUCUGCAAAGUCGUCCAGCCUGCAGAUGAGUCAGCAUCCCACUUCCAGAUUUUGAACAGUCCCCACUCAUUCACGCUGGACACACAGAAGCUUCAGAAGACGUACCUGCAGCUGCAGCGCACCCUACACCCAGACAACUUCAGCCAAAACACAAAGGAGGAGCAGCAGCACUCGGAGGACCAGUCGGCCCUGUUGAACAAGGCGUACCGGACGCUGCUCAAGCCUCUGAGUCGAGGCCUGUAUAUGUGCGUGCGGGCGUGUGUCUGCGGGGGUUCGGUAUGUAAACGAGGGGCGUGUUUCCAGUUGGAGCUGGAGGGCAUGGCCCUAGAGGAGGGGAGCGACUCCGGGGCUGACCCCAGCUUCCUGAUGGAGCUGAUGGAGCUGAACGAGGCGGUGGAGGACGCGCAGACGCCAGAGGAAGCCGACCGGAUCGGCCGCGACACGAAAGUGAAGCUAGAGGAACUGACAGACCAGAUAGACGGAGCUCUGAACAGAGGGGAGCAUGAAGCUGCGAAGGCACUGCUUAUCCGGAUGAAGUACUUUGCAACCGUUGAAGAGAAAGUGAAAGAACAACUUUCUAAGCUUAUGUGAUAUAUCUAAUUUUUAUUUGAGCAAGUUUAAAAUGUGCAGGAGCAAUUUACAUUCAAUGUGUGGUAUAUUAUAUAUUUAUAUAUGAGUUUGUUUAAUAUUUUAAAUAAAGGAAAUUUUAUUCUAAAGUAUGAAUAAAUUAAAUUGAUUAAGAAA